GAGAUGUUUACGUUCAGUGUGUCACUAUCUGUCUCACUCGCCUCUCACAAACGAGCUCUAGGAUUUGCUUUUUAUUGAUACCGAGUUGUUUUUUUUCUGUUGACGUGUGUUUGUUGUUUUACCGUUGUGCUUCGAUAUCAGUGCGCACCGUGUCACAUUCACGCUUGGAUUACUCACAGUGCGGAAGCGACAUUAUAUUCAUCACCAUUUUUAUUUUUUUUAUGUAAAGGCUGUCCCUGGUGGAAUAAAUAGGUCACUGUUUGCUGCUGGUCAUUCUUGCGCUCAUGCGCGCCUUCAUGUACUCCCUCGGCUGACCCUCCGGGUGGCUGGAAGCUUAGCGUAGGUCUGCGAUCCACGGCGCCCCGGAGGCAUGUACAGUGCUGCGCCCCUCGUAGGAGAUGAAUCGGAGUCAAUAUUGUAGAAAGACCAAUUCGAAUGUAUAGGUGACGGAGAGAGGGGGUGGUGGAGGAAACAAGCUAGAGGGCCUUAGCAAAUAAACAAUCACAUUGGACCAGGGGGCUAAUUUGUGUAUGGAGUUAAACAUGGACGGGCCACCCCUGGCACUGUCACCCUUGACAAGUCAAUUAGCUCACUGACAUUUCCCUGUGUCAUUGCUUGUGUCAACAGUAAACAGAGCCGUUUUUAUAGGAGACACCGAAUUUUAGGACUUCAGCGGUUCUCAUUGUGUGUCAGCUAUGGUGCUUACAUUCAAUAGCGAGUUUUUAAUACGAGGAUUACAUUGUGACAAUUCUAGAACUUGUGUAUUCGGUUGGAUUAUUACUUCAAGAACCAUCUGAAAAGUUCACAGAUAAAGAACAUUAUUUCGCCUCAGCAUCGGCUGAUAUCUCUCAAGAUGGAGGCGCACAGGAUGACCGGAAGUCGCUUGACUUCUGCUUGGAUACCCUUGCUUAUCUUGCUAUUGGAUUACGUUUUGAUGGAUGUGGUGACGGGAAUGCAGUGGGAGCACCUGUCCGUUCGGUAUGGCCUGUGGUACCAGCCCCCCAAGACAAGGUCUGAAGCUGAGGAUAAGGGCUACACCAGAGAGAACGACAUUUGUCAAAUGAACAAUUACCACGGCUUCCUGUAUGUCCACCCACACGAUGACAAAUUCAGAGUCAUCUUUGAUUACAACUACAAGUUGAGUGGGAUACAGACUAUGAUUCCUGGAAAUCUUCAUGGACACGACACCAAGAAUGACACUGUCAGAUAUCCCACAAAGGAAGUAGUGCCCCCAAUCCUGCUCUUCCAAGAUGAUGGAUUUGGGCCUCAAAAGUUUAUCGUAACAGCCUACUUCAAGCACCCGAGUCUCAUAUGUGGUCCCGCCACCACUCAUGUCCACACAGGCCGUGGCCUGUACAUCCAGACUGGCUAUCGGGUUGAGAAACAGUACGAGAGGAUACCGUUGGAGGCCCGGCACCUCUCUGAUGACUGGAAAACGGGCACUUGUUUGCCCAGCAUGGGUCGCCAUUAUUUCAAAAACUUAUCCAAAGAUCUCCAGUGUGAGAAGCUGUACCCUGUGUUUCUCAUGUACAAUGAUGAAGGUCAACUUGGGGGCUUUGGUCUUCUUUUUCAGGGAGUGCCUCCCUCGGACCCGUCCCGCGCCCCUUUCAAGUGGUUUCGUCAUUCUGUACAGUUUUAUCCUGCCAUAUUUGACCUGACCAUGCUGCCCCCGUGUAUGUUCAACCCAGAGUUCCAUGUCUUUGGGUACAGAGUCUACCUCCGAGACGAGCACGCUAUGACCUGUCCUCGUGUUCAGCUGCCCGGGAUCAGCGAGGACAACGCGGAGGGCGGAGCUGUCAGAGGGGGCUCCAAAAAUGAAGAAGUGACCUUCCGGCCCUUAAACCCAGCGCUGGAGCCCAGCCGGAAUAGCACCAGCAGGCCCAAGCCUCCCAAGUACAUCAAACCAAACACCAAUGUUAUAUUGGACGAUGUGAUGAAGGGUGCAGGUAGCCGCAACAGUGCCUCAAAGAACUUUCUCCCAAUCUCCUCGAUAUAUUUCGCAUCAUUAUUAGUAUCAUUAUCCCCAUUAGCUAACAUUUACUACGUUUCCAUGGCAACAAGACUGACACAAAAGCUCUCCCACCUGGCUCUCAGAUAGCGUGUAAUUCUACCCCCAUACUCGUUUACAGAAAACUAGUCCAUUUUGUCUAUGUUUUUACCCCCAGAUUUUGUUCUGUGAAUUACUUUCUAGUCAUUGGUUAUAUUUCAAGACACUUGAAGCUUUAAACCUAAGUUGGGUAUUUAUAUACAUGACUUUUUUUUUUUUUUUUUUUUUUUUUUUUUUUUUUUUUUAAUAUUGUGUCAUUGGUAUCUGUUAUAAUUAAUGAGAUAUGGAUCUCCUGUGAUUUUAUUUCUAGAAUUGAACCAGUCUUGUGAAAACAUGUAUAUGACAUUGCUGCAGUAGAGAAAUCUAUUAUACUCUUUUUACCACUGUAUAGAAUGAGCUUCUCAAGAAUUGUUAAAUAAUUGCCACACUUUUUCAAUGUUUUUAAAAAAGACAUACCUAUAUAUUUAUAAGAAAAAUUCAGAUCUAUAUAAGUUAUAACUGACUAUAAUGGUUCUAUUAACUGAAAGAUUAAUACAAAUGAUCAAUCCAAUUUUAUUUUUUUGUUAAACUUGUUAGAUCAUAGACCCAAUCAACUUUUUUUUUCCACAUUUAAAACAAAUUAAAUGAUUUCUUUUUGUUAUCGAUAAUUAAAAUAACUAAAAAUUCAUGUUGAUUCAACAAGAUGGCUGGCUAGUCAUAUGGUAUGCACUCUGGACUAUCAUCUUGAUGGUCCUGGGUUCAAACCCUGCCUGCUACCAUCCCCCGCCAUCCAGCAGGAGGUUGGGGCUAGGAUGUAAUGAUCUCCGAUUCUGAAGGAGCAUCUUUAGAAUUGAAGUACACACUUAUGUUUUCUAGUUACUUUCAAUGUGUUUAUUAUGUGUUUGUAGUUCAGAUGCCUUAACAUUUGUAUGUAGUUCUGUGCAGAGUUCGAGAGUUAUCUAUUCUUGUCAGACUUGUAUGGCAUGGAGAGAAAGCAACUUUUGCUCAGAUUGUCUUAAAAUAAUUUUGGGGAUUGGGUUGUCAUUAAAAUUUUUUAAAUGAUUUGUAAAACAAAAUUUUUUCUAAUCGGACAAAAUAUGGCAAGCGAAUUUUUUCAAAAGUUAUUCUAUUCCUUUAGAGUGUGAUAAUCAAAAAGCACAUUUAAAUUUUAUAUAUUUAGUAAGCGCACAAUGUUUCUUUCUGUCUUGCUAAUUUGAAAAAUUAUCAAUUGUUAAAUAAUGGGUAGCUUUAAAUUUAUAUAAAUUAUUUAUCAGAAUCAUUCCAUCAAGAUAAACACAAUAGGAUAGACAUGUUGGACUAUUCAUAGCAGUGCUAGGUGGUUGUCUGUAUCUACUGUUGCUGUUGCUACCUAUACUUUAAUUAGAUUAGAUUAGUCGCUUGCAUUAGGUUGAUAUUUCACUGACUUAAUAGAACCGCACUCUCAAUCUUGUAACAGGAUUUUAUGAAAACAUGGCAAAUCAUUACAUCAUACGCUGUACAUCAUUAAUUUUUUAUUAUUCUGGAAUUGCAAAUAUUAUGUCAGAAUGAAACUUUUACUCAAGAUUCAAAUUUAUUUUCUUAGAAGAGUAGGGGAUAUUGCACACUCUUGUACAUUUUUUUAUAAAUGUUAUAGAAAUAAAAUAAAUGAAAAAACUUUAAAAAAAAACAAAAAACUAAUCAAUAAUAGAUUGUAACUUAUGCCUUCAAAAAUAAAUGUUAAAAUGAAAUUAUUUUAAUCAUUUAAAUUUUUUAUAUGUAAAAAAAAAAUUGUUUAAGUAAUUUUAAAACAAUCUCUUGUUAACUGCUGAGCAUAAACAUUCAUCUCCUAUAGUGUAAGUCUAAUUAUUUAUGGAAUUUGUGUUAUUGAGAAUGUGCUAUGAGUAAAGGGAGAUAAUAGGAAUCAAUGUAAAAAGUUGAAAAAAAAAGGCAUAUAUUCACAUACACACACAACAAAAAAAAAACUAGAAUUUCUAAUUAAUUCAAAAGUCUAUUCUGGUCCUAAUUUUUUUUUUUUUUUAUUUUAUCAUUAAAAUAAAAUUUUAACAUUUAGAAUUACUAAAACACAUUACUUAUAGGCCUAAUCUAGAACAAUAGUCUAUCCAUAGUUUUAUAUAUUUUACAUUCACCAUACAAAUAUAAACCAUUAUAUAUAUACUUAGAAACAGUCCAUCCUUAUUCCAAAUAUGUCCACAAGAUCUAUCUUAAAAGAUUCUUUCAAAUACAUUUUCUGUCAUUUCAGCUUUAAAAAGAAGUAAUCUAGCUCAAUAAAAUAUUGUUACCAACAAGACAGUGUCAGAAAAGCUGUGUUUUAGUUGGAUAAACUAUGUACUUGUAUAACUUAUUGUCUUGGUGAAUACAGUCAGAACGAGCUUGUAAAAUGUCUCUUGUAAAUUGAAUGCUGUACAAAAGAUUGUCAGCUUUAAAAACUUAACUAAAAAUGCCUUAUGUUGGUCUUAUAAUUUUUAUCUAUUUUUUUUUUUGUUUCUGUUGUUGUAGUAAUGAUCAUUGCUAAAAAUUACUACAAUGUUUGGCAUUUUGUUGUACUAGGACAGUGUUUCCCAAACUGUGUUCCGCGGGACACUAGGGUUCCACGAGGCUUUAAUUGGUGCUCCACGAACUACUGGAGUAAUUAACAUGUCGGCCACCAAAUGAAUUUAUGUGUCUAAAAAUAUAAGCAAAGUGUUCCGCUAGAUAAUCAGAAUGUGCGAAGUGUUCCGUGAAGGAAAAGUUUUGGGAAUCACUGUACUAGGUGAUAGAAGAAAAUUGUGUGGGUCAAAGCAUCUUUCUGUGUGUGUGUGUGUGUGUGUGUGGCUAUCUCAUUGUUAUUAUGGCAUGGUAUGUACAACAUGUUGAUUACAGAAUCUCUGUUUAUGAUAUUUAACAUAAAACAUAAUGACAAGUUCAUAACAUAUAACAAUAUAAUUUUAUCAUUUUCAACAUGUGAUUUUUAAAAUUUUUUUUUAAAGCAAACUGUGUGUGUGAUUUUUUUCUGCCAUUUUUUUUCUUAAACUGCUUUUUCUUGGAAAUAGAUGUCAGGAAUAGGUUCAAUAAUUAAAACCCAAGGAUAGCAAUGCGAUUCCAUCUUUCGACAGUGAAUAAGGUUUAGCAUUAAAUAAUUCUCGGUUUGGAUACAAAAAAGAAAGUAGCUUCUUUUUUUUUGGAUUAUUACUUGAAAGGUAGAUUACUCAAAUUCUGACAAUGAUUGUUGAUGUCACACUGCCCCCCUACCCCCCAUAGAAACAUGAAGGGAAGUUUCUCUUGCUUCAUUUUUAAAAGAUUUUCUGGUCCAUUAUUAGUCAAAAAUAACAAACCUUCUGUUACAUGCAUAUCUUUUUUGGGUGACACAGAUUAAAGAAAAUAUAACAUUCAGAACCUAACCUUUGACUCACUGGCUUCUUGUUAAUUGUUGAUACAAGUAAAUUAUUGUAACAUGUACAUUCACUUAUAAACUUAUCCUAUGCUUAUCCUAUUAAUAUCCUAUGCUUAUCAAUGUUACAGUUAUCAUUUAUGCUGGUAUUCUUAAUGAUUUUUGUGUACAACAACUAAUGGGAGGAGGCACUUUUAGGCUUGUGCUGUGCAUUGUAUGAAACCUAUUUUUUAAAAUACUUGCACAUGCAUGAUACUAAUGCUUGAAGACCAUAUACAAAAACCUACAUUUGCAUAUGAAACCUUUUUUUUUUUUUUUAAAGUUUGUACUAGCAGAAAGUUAUAUUGAUAAUUUUUAACACUCUGACAUUUUGAGUCUUCACAGUUUUCUCUGGCUAUUGUACGCAGUAGAGUUUGAUGGAUACUUCCAGUUCUCAGUCAAAAGCUAUCUUAGAUAAAAUAAUUUUAAAAUUUAAGUUGUAGAAGUCUUCUUCUUCAUUCUCAUUUUUUCAUGUCAGAGGGUUCACAUCAGUAAUCCUAUAUCUUGAGAUGAACCGCGCAGUAAUUUCAAGAUCAGGCAGUUCUCAAUAUAGUUUUUCUUCUAUAGAAGGAUUUUAGGGCAGAGUGAGGUUGUGCGUCAAUGUGUUAUGAGCCAAGUAAAGUAAAUGUACUACUUUCAGGCCAUGGUGGCAGAUGAUGUAAAACAUCUGUUUCUAUGGCGUAAAGAUAUUGAGCUUGUCAUGUGGUGAGCUCAACAACCAACAAAAUGCCUUAACUUCCCCCCAAUGUAUGUCAGGUUCCGAUUAAAGUUAGGGGAACUCAGGAACCUCCCUAAAAACUCAAAAUGAAAAAAAUCCAAGUUUUCACCAGUAUUAAAUUUUGAUUAAGAUUUUGAUUGAAAUUCAUUGCUUUGGAAGCAAAGAGCUUUACCACUAUGCCACAUUUUAGAUCACUAUUUCUAUCAAAACAAUGAAACACAGACUCACAGAAGUUAUUUUCUGGAUCUGAGGAAUUUCCAUAUAUAAUUUUUUUUUUAAAUAAAUGCAUUUGUUAUAAGUAUCAACUAGUCCUAUCUAGCUAUAUGACUUGCAGUUUGAGCUUGUUGACCUCAAAGAAUUUGUUUUUCAUUAAUUAUUUGUUUUCUUAUUUUUCCUUGACUUUAAUUUUUUUUAUUUUUUUUU